AUGCGCGUUUCGUUGUCUACCUGGUACUCGGCCCUGUAUUGCUGUUUGUCCCGUGCUUCCUGGUGUUUCCUGCUAUUCUUGGCCGCGUGUUCUUGGCCUGGUGUUUCCUGCUAUGAUGUUGGUGCUUCUAACGAAGGAAAUAAAGGGAUUUGGGCGCUUCUAAUUCUUGCUCUGGUGUUGGUUGGUUCUGUAAUGUUCUUUGGCGGUACCAAGGCGAAGCGCAACAGAGAAAUGGCUUCAAAAACAUACAGGGAUCCUCCGCCUGAAAAAACACGGAAAAAGAAACCACAAGUCAAAGGCGGAGGAGGCGGCAAAGAAGGAGGCGGCAAAGAAGGAGGCGGUAAAGACGGAGGCGGUAAAGACGGAGGCGGCAAAGACGGAGGUGGCAAAGACUGAGGUGGCAAAGACGGAUGCGGCAAAGACGGAGGUGGCAAAGACGGAGGUGGCAAAGACGGAUGCGGCAAAAAUGUGGAGGAGGAAAUGAACUGAACGUCGCUGAUGCCGCAAUAAAUGAAGGAGACGACAAGAAGUUGUAGAUGAUUGUUGAUGAUUGUAAAGAAUUGUGUUGUAAAGGAUAUAGGAUGUUAUUAGGAUAUGUUCA